AUGACAUCUGUACCAAGCGAACUCUAUCAAAAUCAUAGUCAAUUUCCAGCAGCAUCCAUGAAAAAUAUCAAUAAUACAGACGAAAUUGACAAUAAUAAAUCUCAACGUGAAUUGGGCAUUAUUGAAAAACUAUGUUCAACUUACGGUUUUGUUUAUUGUUGUCAUCGUGAUGGUCGGUAUUUUUUUCACUUCAGUGAAUAUAAAAAUGACAUACAACAAGCGAAAAUAGGAGAUGUGGUUGAAUUCGAAACAACAAUAGAUAAACGAAAACAAAAGCCAGUUGCUAUUAAUCUGGUACCUGUUAGUUCGGAGAUUAUCGGUGAGAAUCGCGUUGAUGGUACUAUUGCAGUAGUUGCACGACAACCACCACCACCACCACUCACUAAUGGGUUCGAUACUGUAAAUUUUAUGCCCGAUGGAAAAGUUACUUAUGUUAAAAAAGGAGAAACUUACUUUUUACCAUAUGGUUUAGCUGAUUUACAAGAGCAAACAAUUCCAGUUAAAGUUGGAGAUCAAGUAACGUUCAAUGUUGGCCAAGAUCGUCGUACAAAUCAAUUUUUUGCACGAAAUAUAGCCGUUGUUAAAAAAAUGAAUUCACCAGUAGUAGCAGCAGCACCUGUUAAGCGUUCUCGUGGGGUUAUAUCAACAAUGAAAGAUAGCUUUGGUUUCAUUGAACGAGAAGAUGCACUUAAAGAAAUAUUUUUUCAUAUAACUGAAUUCGGACCAAAUGUAGCAACGAACACAGUUCAUCCAGGUGUAGAAGUUGAAUUCGAUAUUCAAGAUAGACACAACAAAGAAGUGGCUAUUAACAUUAUUAUACUGCCGAAUGGUACCGUAAAAUUCGAUGAAAUAGACAAAACACCUUAUAUUGGUCGAGUAUUACAGCCAUUACAAAUCAAAGCAAAAAAAUCAAAUGAUGCAUUAGCUGGCCGUUUAAUUUAUGAUGCAUUUGACAAUAAAAUGUCUGAAUUACCAUUUGGUGAACGAGAUCGCUGCGGUUUAUAUACAUUGCUUGAAAAUGAUAUUGUUCAAUUCGUUAUUGCCAAAGAUAAACGUGACGGUAUGAUGCGUGCUACACAGAUAUCUUUACUCGAUCAAAGUUUUCUAAAAUCGAAAGAGCAUCGAGAAAUGGGUAUUGUUAUAAAAUUAGAUAAUACAUCAGGUGGUCAGAUUAAAUGUUUCUUGUCGGAUCAAGUAGUUCCAUUUCGAUUUAGUGAAGUCAUGAAAGAUAAUUUUCAAAUAAGCGAAGGUGAUCCAUUAGAAUUCUCAUUAGCAAUCAGUCCAAAUAAUGGGGACUUACCGCAUGCUAUUCGUAUUAAAUUAUUAUCAAAAGAUAGUUUAUUAAAUCUGAUUAAUGGUCGCGAAUUACGAUUAACAGGUAUUAUUGAACGUGAUCCACAAGAUGGACGAACAGAACGAACUAAUCGUGGAAAUGAUGCGAGGUCCACGACUGAAAAUAAAAUACAACAAACACAAGGUAACGAUUCAAUAUCUAAUCCUACGAAUCGUCAAUCAGAACCAGGUAUUAUUCGAUAUGUAUGUGAUGGAAUUGAAGCUACAAUUCCAUUUCUAUCCACAAAUAUAAGCAAUACAUCAGCAUUAUAUUAUGGUGAUAAAGUGGAAUUUACAGUUUUGUCAGGUAGUAAAGUGGCAACAAAUGUAGCAUUAGUUGAACGAAAUCGUACUCGUGGUUGGAUUGCAAUUAUUCGUGAAGGAAAAGGAUUUAUUGAACCCAAUAGUACAACGAAUAAUAUCGAGCCAAUUGCAUUUACAACUAAUUCAUUUACGGGUGAUAAUACGCUAAUUGACUUAGGAGAUGAAGUUGAAUUUAGUUUAAGAAAAAAUUCUGGCCGGUUAACAGCUGAAAACAUUCUCAAAGUGCCAGCAGCCAUUAAUAAUUUCUAUUCAGUACUCCCAACAGUUUAUCGUGGUCGUGUUGUAUCACCUAUGCGAAUGAUAACAAAUGAUGACUGUGAAAUACUCGGUAGAAUUCAAAAAUUAACUGCUGAUGGUAAUCCAGGCGAAUGUUUUACAUAUAGCAUAACAGGUGCCAAAAACAAACGAGUUAUUUUAUUACCAAAUGAUGCAGUAACAUUUUCUGUUGCCGUUGGACUUGAUUAUUCACAACGUGCUGCCAAUAUUGUUUUAGAAAAUGAAAUACGUAAAGGAAAAAUUGAUACAGUUAAAGGACAGUUUGGUUUCAUUGAUUUUGCAUGCGAAGAAAAUAAGAAAAUAUUUUUUCAUAAUUCUGAAGUUGACGGAGGCGUUGAAUUACGGCCCGGUGAUGAAGUUGAAUUCUAUGCUCAAUAUAACUUAAAGAGUGGCAAACCAUGUGCAAGUAAAUUACGCCGAAUUAAUACCCUUCAACGACCUGAUAGAUUAAUAACCAAACUUAGAUCAGUGAAUUUUGAUGAGAAUAAACGUCAAAAAUUAAUUAUUAUUCGACAACCACGCAAUGCUGACGAAAAAUCAAAAGGUUUCACUAGUAUUCGUGUUGAACGUGCACCGGGAGUAUUAACAAGAACCCCACAAUAA